AUGCGGGUGAAGUUGGCCUCAGCACCCUUGCAGCAAAGAUGCGCCUACCUUCUCAGGUUCAACAUCCUGUACGCACUGUGUGAGCAGCAGCUGAGCAAACAGCGACAUUACGACUUCGGGCUGAGGAACAUUCUGAGCGUCCUGCGCCAGAUGGGGGCGGUGAAGAGAGGAGAGCCAUCAGACGCAGAGGAGGAGAUGCUCUUUAUGCGCACUGUCAGAGACAUGAACUUGUCAAAGCUUAUCGCGGAUGAUGUGCCGCUGUUCAUGGCGUUGCUCAAGGACUUGUUUCCGAAGGCCGAGUCAUGCCUAGCUAGCACUCAGGAUGCUCGGAACAUCUCGGAUCCAUUUGCUAACACAGUCGCUUUGCUGGCUGAGAAGGAACGGCUCUUCGGAAAGGAUGGCUGCAACCGCUGCCGCUGCUGUUGGAUUUCCUUGGUGCGACAUGGCUUCAUGCUGGUGGGUCCAACGUUGUGCGGGAAGUCGCGCAUCAUGCAAACGCUCACAACGGCGAUGACAGAGAAGCCUCUCCCUCACAAGCUCCAGGUGAUGAACCCUAAGGCGAUCACAGAUGCCCAAAUGUAUGGUGUGAAGGAUCCAUCCAGUGAUGAGUGGACGCCAGGUGUGUUUGCAUCAAUUUGGCAACAACGCAACAACCGCGCCCUGAAGUACCACACUUGGAUUGUUUGUGACGGGCCCAUUGAUGCUAUCUGGAUAGAGAACCUGAACACCGUCCUGGACGACAACAAGAGCCUUGCUUGA